AUGUCGAGUGCUGAAAGUGGAAGGAAAGAUCCAGCAUGGAAGUGUUCAACGAUGGUAAAUCCCAGAAACUUAAGUAAGUUCAAAUGCAAUUUUUGUGGGAAAGAGAUGAAUGGGGGUGUUUGUCGAGUUAAGCAACAUCUUGUUGGAGGGUAUAGGAAUGUGACUAAAUAUUUUGAUGAUGAGGAUGAUCUUGUAGAACUCUCUCAGCAUGGUAAAAAGUCCAUUCUUACUCAAGGUUCUACUCAAAGAACCAGCUCUGGUUCUGUUCAAUCCAAACUUAAAAGGCCUAGGAAGAUAGGGCCUAUGGAUUGUUUCUUCACACCUGAUCCAGAUGUGGUGGCGCAAAAACAAAAAGGCAAGGGGAAGCAAAGUAAAAUUGAUGAAAAUGAUCCCUAUAGGAAAGAGUUAAUGCAACGGGCAUAUGUUAGAAUUGCAAGAUGGAUGUAUGACUCUGGGAUUCCUUUCAAUGCAGUGAAUUAUGACAGUUUUGGGCCAAUGAUUGAAGCUAUUGGGCAAUUUGGUCCUGAUUUGAAACCACCAACUUACCACAUGAUACGAGUUCCUUACCUUAAAAAAGAAGUGGGUGUUAACAGAUUGAUGAAGGAACAUAAAGACGAUUGGCCAAAGUAUGGAUGUUCUAUAAUGUGCGAUGGUUGGACAGAUAAGAGAAAUAUGACUUUGCUUAAUUUCUUAGUGAAUUGUCCAAGAGGCACCAUGUUUAUUGAAUCCAUUGAUGCAUCUAGUUACUCAAAGGAUGGGAAUAAGAUGUUUAAUUUUCUUGAUAAGUUUGUGGAGAAAAUUGGAGAAGCUAAUGUGAUCCAAGUCGUCACGGAUAGUACGACAGCAAAUGUGUUGGCAGGGAAGUUUUUGGAGGCAAAGAGACCUCACUUGUAUUGGACGCCUUGUGCAGCCCAUUGUUUGGAUUUGAUGUAG